AAGGAGCCAGAGUAAUAUUCUUAAACAACAAACUUUUUGAUGAUGGUAUCUGCAAUGGCACUAUUGGAAUCGUAACUAAGCUUAUUGAUAAUCAUAAUAUUGAAGUUACUUUUCCUACUUCUAAAG